CUCCCCAACCCCACACACAGCUCCAUACAAGAUAGCAAUGUCAGAUAACGAGCGACCGCGCGACCGCUUCCGCGAGCGAGACAGCCGUCGCGAACCACGUGAAGGCCGUGAGCGAGGCGGUACACCCACAGAACGGCGCAACCGUUCGCGCAGUCCCCGAGACCGCGGCAGCCGAUGCGACACCCGAUACCGUUCACGAUCGCCAUACCGGAAAGAUGAGCGCGAUGGAGCCGGGAGGGGCGGUGACCGAGCCAGGCCUGGAGCUGGUCAUGAUCGCGGACGAGGGCGCGACGACAGGAGAGGAGGUAGGGACGACCGCCCCAGCUUCCGCGACCGCUCACCACAACCACCAAAAGGGCCACGCGGUAGUGCUCGCGGCCCAUUUGGCGGCUCUGCAAAGCCUCCAACUGGUCCCCGCUCAGCCGACGCUGUCAAAGAAGAGACACCCGAUGUCGAGAUGAAGGACGAGAGGCAGAAACCAGAAGACAUGGACGACGACGAAUGGGAGAUGCUAAAGGUCAUGGGCUUUGGGGGAUUCAAGAGCACAAAGAAUACCAAAGUACCAGGGAACGAUAAAAACUAUGGGGUCAGAAAGGACAAGCAGCUCCAGGCCAGACAGUACAUGAACCGCCAGGGUGGAUUCAACAGGCCGUUGUCGCCGAGCAGGUCAUAAUGAGACGGGUGAAGAUGUGCUACAAGGUCUCACAUCAAUAGCUAGGAUCACGACGAUGCUUUUGAAGACUUGAGUUUGAAGCAUGGCCAGCGUGAUAUCAUGCAGUCAUGGCAGUCUUUUGGGAUACUCGGCACAAGGCGAAAACCUAACCAUGGAGGACAUAGUCAUGAAAUGCCACGACAAGCCGUUGGGUUACGUGCAUUUAGUGAAGGAGCAGCUCACGGUAUGACGCCUUCAUGUUUUACCAUCCUCGGUUCUUUUUGAGUCUGACCGGAACAGAAGGAACGUGUGUCAACACAAAACUUGUUACUGUGAGCAGGCUGGCA